GCGUCAUCACUGGGAACUUGUUUUACACGCUGCCGCAGUGAAAACAGAGCUGCCCCGAUCCACGUUACAAGUCAUUCAACAAGAUGCUAGACUUUGUGAUUUUUGCAGCGACUUUCCUUAUUGCCUUAUUGAUAGCCGUAAUUUACUUGUAUCCGGGAUCCAGAAGAGUUACAAGCAUACCAGGUCCAGAGCCAACAACAAAAGAAGAUGGGAACCUGUCAGACAUUGCCCGGGCUGGGAGUUUACACGAGUACCUCCUGGAGCUUCACAGUCAGUACGGGGACAUCACCGCCUUCUGGAUGGGACAGGAACUUGUCGUCAGUAUCUGUUCUCCUGAACUCUUUAAACAGCACGCAGCCGUGUUUGAUCGACCACCCUCCUUAUUUGAGCUUUUUAAGCCACUGAUUGGAGAGAAGUCGAUCCAGUACGCCAACAAGGCUGAGGGAAGAAGACGGAGAAAGUGUUACGAUACUGUGCUGGCCCAUGAUUACCUACAUCACUACUACCCAGCGAUUCAGGAGAUUUCUGAUAACUUGGUGAAGAAGUGGUCCAGUAUAGCCAAAGACGAGCACAUCCCCUUGGCUCAGUACAUGAUCGGGUUUGCUUUAAAGCUGGGACUGGUCAACUUGUUUGGGAGUAAAGCCUGGUCAGACGAACAGAUUCUUGAGUUCAGUCAUCAGUAUGAAAUUGCAUGGCAGGAAAUGGAGAGGAGGUUAACAGAGGGUUUCCCCCAGGACGGAAGUUCAAGAAUGAAAGCUUUUGAGGAAGCCAAGAAAAGGAUGUCGGAGCAGGUCAACAAAAUAAUAAAAAACUGCAAGAAACACAAAAAAGACCCGAAUGAAUAUUUAUUGAUAGACGCGGUACUAGAAAGCACAACAGACGAGGAGCUGGUCUUCUCAGAUGCCCUAACUUACGUCAUCGGGGGGUUCCACACGACAGGAAAUGUUUUAACAUGGGCAGUGUAUUUUCUGGCCACCCAUCAGGACAUUCAGGAUAAAGUCUACAAAGAGAUCAAAAAAGUUCUAGGAGAAGAAGAUGUAGACCCUAAAACAUACAAAGAUUUAGUGUACCUGCACCAAGUUAUUGAUGAGACUUUAAGGUGUGCAGUUGUGGCCCCCUGGGCCGCUAGAUUUCAGGAUUUCGACUCCGAGCUUGGAGGGCAUAAAAUUCCAAAAAAUACUCCUGUGAUUCAUGCCCUCGGUGUGAGUCUGCAGAAUGAAAAAUACUACCCCGUUCCCAACAAGUUUGAUCCAGAUAGAUUUAGUCCUGAAAACUCAAAGUCCAGGCCAAGUCUUGCCUUCCAGCCGUUCGGAUUUGCUGGAAAGAGGAUCUGUCCCGGAUACAAAUUUGCCUAUGUUGAAGCCACAAUAGGACUUGUGACCUUGCUAAGAAAGUUCAAGGUCAAACUGAUUGAAGGUCAGGUUGUGACCCCAGUUUAUGGCCUUGUAACUCAUCCUGAAGAUGAGAUAUGGGUCAAAAUAGAGAAAAGAUAAAAUGGAUUGUUUUAAAAGUGUUCCUUCAUUUGAUUUCUAAAAUUGAAUAUAACAUCAGAUCAAGUUGCAAUAUACAACUUGAUUGUUUUAAGACAAUACAGUUUUGAACUGUGGAAACUGGUGAUUGCAUUCUGUAGAUUAAGGCUUAAUAAUGGACUUUUGCGAAGACACUGACUUUUACAGCUGACGGCUUACUUCCUUAAACACCAGGAAAAUGUAUGGGAGCUCUUGUCUGAAAAAAUAUUGAUCUUAAUAUUUAACAAAUCGAUAAUAACAGGUUAUUUCAAAGAUCAUAUGACGUUGUCUACGAGGGAAACGGCGACAAUCCUACCCUCAACACCCUCCAUUCCAGUCUUGACUAACUCCUGCCAAAUUUUCCUACCGAAAUGUGGCUUCUUCUUUUAUUAUUUCAUUUCUUUAGUUAUUGAAAAUAAAAGGAUAUAUUAAUUCUCGUGAAUAAAGUAUCUAAAUAAAUUUUAUCCUACAACCAAUUAUAUUUUUUGUUUGAUAAAUUAUUUCAAAGCCCCGAAUACAAUAAAUUUCACCUCAGUGCAUGUUUUCCUAUCCAUUUUCAAUUCCGUACAUGAUGCAGGUUUAAAUGUCCAAGUAAACCGUAAACUGUAAAAGUCAGUGUCUUUGCAAAAGUCCAUUUAUGUUAUUAUCUGUAUAAACAAACUCUAUGAGAAGCACUUAUUUCUAUAGUUGCCUUAAAGUAACUUGAACAGAGUUAUGAACUCGCAUAAUCAUGUAGAAAUUGUUCAAAUAAGUCAUCUGCUGUGGAUUCACUUGGUUAAUUUACCUAAAGGUCAAUAUCACUAGUCAAUUUUGUUUCUUGUCUGCCUCAGUCCUCAGAAGCUGGUCUUUCACUCUACACCAGAACACACUAGUCUUCUAGGAAAUAUGCUUAUACAUGAUAAAAAAUAUAGUGGAUUAAAUUUCAUUCUCCUUUGAUUUUCAAACAUUUUGUGAACUCAACAGAUAUUAAAAUGAAUUUUGUAUUUAUUUAUGAAAUGAGGUGAAAUUGUUAUAAGGCUAAGCUUGUUUUACUGUAUUUGGAAUUUUUGAAGCAAUGUACAAAUGUAACUCAAUUGUGAGCCCUCAACUGAUCAAAGAGUUAUAAUCAUUGACAACAUUUCUUUUCAGAAAGGGUUUUUUUUUGGGGGGGGGAUGCUUGUGUCAUAGCUGUGUAAACAAUGAAUUGUAGCAGGAAGGCUAUUUAUCAGUGUAAAUAGUGAUUGCAUUAUGUGUCUAUAGGUUAACAUUACAUGUAACAUAAUGUGACCUAUCAUCUAGCUGUCAGAUAUAUAGUCUUUAGCUGCAUCUUGGUUGGCAAUUUUUUCUUGGGGUAAAAAUUUUCAAUAUAAUAUACCAUCACUGAUUUGCAAUACAGCAAAACUCCGUUAUAACAAAGUCACUGGGACCUGUGAAAUUACUUCACUAUAUUCGUAAUUUGUUAUAACCGUAUAAGAAAUUCAUUAAAUUUAUAUAGCUGGGGAUCCAAGAUGACUUCGCUUUAUCCGUGAAUUCGCAAUAUCCGUGUUUGUACUAAAAGAGUUUUACUGUAUUCACCAUACUGAACGUUUUAUACAUUCCACUAUAUUGUGUGCAUGAUGUCUGUGAGAUAAACACAUUUUUGGAAUAUCACUUGUCCUAUAUACUGUUGAUUGCUGCUAUGUUCUUUCACACAUGAUGGCGAGGUUCCAUUAUUAAUAGUAUAGGAAAAUAAUGCACAUUAAUUAGUGUUUUUUACCAAUUAUUUCUCAACAAAUAAGAUUCAUCUUGUUUACAUGAAAAAAUUACAUCAGGACAUGUUAAUUGUUGAUAUGUUGCUUGUGUAAAGGAAAAUGUUUAUCAACUUGAAGCUGCUUUUACAAUUGGUCAUGUUUUGUCAAAUGAAAUGGGUUCACUCUUUGUUGUUUAUUAAGAGAUAAAUCUUAAUGUCUCUUUAAUUUUAUGUUUAAAUAUUAUGUAAUUAGAUUAGUGCUAGAAAUAAAUGGUGCUACAGAAUGAUAGAGUUGGCGUACUUUGUCUGAGAUACAUUACCAGUUUUAAUUUGUGGCUGCCUCAUCAGCCGCUUAGUGAACUUGACAAGUUCUGGCAUUGAAAAUUAUAGAAAAUGAGGACACUUAUUUUAAGGUACAUUGAUACUCUGAUAAGAGAGAUAACUCUUAAUGACACAAAUGUCUAUAUUUCCUUUAUUUUUUUGUCAAGUUUAAGUGACUUUUUUGUCAAAUUUUGCCCUGCAAACCAUGAUACAAUUGUUUGUAUUUUAUUCAGCAUUUCCCUUGGAAAAUCAUAAUAGUUAUAAAGAAAAAUUUCAUAUAAGUGAGCAGAGGGUUUAUGAACCUUAAAAGGGAGAGAAUCCAGUCAGUUUUGUUUUCUGUCUGUCCAUUCUUCAACUUUGACCAUUA